CUCUGUGUCUGCGUGUGUAUAUAAAUACGUGUGUGGUGUGUUUGUGCGUGUAUGAGUGUGUGCUUUCAGGUACUUGUACACGACAUUCUCAGCAAAUCUCGUACCAACAGAACAACACACACACACACACAACUUUUGAUUCUCAUUCUACGUUUGAUUUGCAUAACAAGCGCAACGGAUUAGCAGGAGUAGUUGUAUACCAUAAAAUACACUUUAGUGGGCCAUUGGAGUGCCGGCGAUGGCUGGCUGGGUGUUGAAGGUGAUGGCGGCGACGGUUGCUGUUGUCGCAGCCACCUUGGUAUCGGCAGUGAGCGGCGCGGGAAUUCAAAGAGUGCUUACUCUGGAGAGGGCGUUUCCGUUGAGGGAGAGGGUGGAGCUUGAGGUGAUUAAGGCGCGGGACCGUGCGAGGCACGCUCGGAUUUUGCAGAGCUUUUCCGGCGGCAUCGUAGAUUUCCCGGUCCUGGGUACUUCCGAUCCCUACGUCGUUGGACUUUAUUUUACCAAAGUGAGAUUGGGAUCUCCACCGCGAGAGUUCAAUGUGCAAAUUGAUACUGGGAGUGACAUCUUGUGGGUUACUUGCAGUCCUUGUAACAAUUGCCCCCAGAGUAGUGGACUGGGAAUUCCUCUGAAUUUCUUCGAUGUUGCUGCCUCUUCAACUGUUUCUCCUAUUUCCUGCUCAGAUAAUAUAUGUGCUUCCAUAGUUCAAACUGCAUCUGCUGAAUGCUCUGCUGAAAGCAACCAAUGUGGUUACUCAUUUCAAUAUGGAGAUGGAAGCGGCACUGCUGGUUUUUAUGUAUCUGACCUGCUCUAUUUUGACUCAAUUUUGGGUACUUCAUUAGUAGCCAAUUCGUCCGCUCCUAUUGUUUUUGGGUGCAGCACCUCUCUGUUUGGGGACUUGACUAAAUCAGAUAGAGCAGUUGAUGGGAUCUUCGGGUUUGGCCGGCAGGAUCUUUCAGUAAUAUCGCAACUGUCUUCUCGCAGGAUUACACCUAAAGUGUUUUCCCAUUGCUUGAGAGGAGAGGGAAAUGGUGGAGGUGUGUUAGUUCUUGGUGAGAUAUUGGAUCCAAGAAUCGUUUAUACUCCCCUUGUUCCAUCACAGUCUCAUUACAAUUUAUAUCUCCAGAGCAUUGCUGUCAACGGAGAAGUAUUACCUAUUGAUCCGGCAGUUUUUGCAACAUCUGGCAACCAGGGAACCAUUGUUGAUUCUGGAACAACUUUGGCAUACCUUGUGGAAGGAGCUUAUGAUCCUUUUGUUUCUGCUAUAACUGCAGCUGUUUCUCCAUCUGUAAGACCAAUUAUUUCAAGAGGAAAUCAAUGCUAUCUAGUCCCUACAAGUGUAAUUGAGAUUUUCCCACCCGUUGCUCUGAAUUUUGCUGGGGGUGCAUCCAUGAUUUUAAGACCAAUUGACUACCUCAUACGCACGGGAUUUCUUGAUGGUGCUGCAAUGUGGUGCAUGGGCUUCAUUAAAGUUCAGAAUCAAGGCACAACAAUUUUAGGAGAUCUUGUUCUUAAAGACAAAAUCUUUGUUUAUGAUUUGGCUCAUCAAAGAAUAGGAUGGGCAGACUACGAUUGUUCUUUGUCUGUGAAUGUAUCCAUAACUUCCAGUAAAGAUGAAUUUAUGAAUGCUGGACAGCUGAGUGUGAGCAGCAGCUUAUCAACUGGUGCAGUCUUCAAAAUAAUGCAUAAGAGUAAUAUUGUUCUCAUGCUGCAUUUAUUGGUAACUGUAGGUUGUCUAUUUUUGUAAAUUACUCUUUGUGUCCCAUUAUUGGCACUGUUGCUGAUUCAUAUAUUUGUAAAGAUUGGCAGCCAAAUUAAUGUAAUCUCAUCUUCUUUUCCAAGAAUAGAUCUGCGCAGCUUAUCUCUCCUUUCUUAGUUAUUCUUUUUUACGG